UUCCCCCCUUUUCCUGUAGCGCUAGCAUAGGUCGUCGCCAUAACUUGCACCGGGUAGUGGUAUCCUUAGCAAAUUUGGUUUGAUCAUAGCAGGACUCCAAUUGUGGCAAGAUCACAUUUGAUAAUGUGACUUGUUGCGAUUAGACCCUCCCCGGAUUACAUUUCCACGACAAAUAAGGUCAAGAUCAAGAUGCCAACAAGUCCGUCCACAUGCUCUCAUGUGAGAGGGAUUGGUGACGUUAACUGGGAAGAGUUGAGAGUCAAACAGAAGGCAAAACAUGACCAAGAAUGUCAUUCUUGUAGUGUGAAAGGCUCAAACUUGUGGCUAUGUAUCAUUGGACAGUGUCAGUAUGUUGGAUGUGGGGAGCUCGUCAAGGAUCACAGCUCACUCCAUUCCUCAGAGACAAGCCACACUCUGUCCAUCAACCUGACAACACUUCGCAUCUGGUGCAGCUUCUGUGAGUGUGAAGUGUUCCCUGACAACAACAACCCACCUUUUGUGAUCCCUGAGAACGCCCAGGCAAUGAGCAGCUCAAUGAGCUGUGGCAACAGGUCUGACAUCUCCAACGAUAGCUCACCUCAGAGGAGUAUCUCAGGACUUGACGAUUCUGAGUCUGAUAUGGAUGAUGAAAAUGGCAGACCACGAGGUUUGACAGGUCUUCAGAAUCUGGGCAAUACAUGCUACAUGAAUGCAGCUCUGCAAGCCCUCUCCAACUGUCCGCCCCUGACACGAUAUUUCCUAGACUGUCCAGGAUUUGUCCGGCCAGAGAGGAGCCCCAUGCUGUCUCGAGGCUAUCACAGGCUUGUAUCAGAACUCUGGCACAAGAAGAGGCAGGGCUAUGUUGUCCCCAGUAGUGUGGUCAGUGGGAUGAAACACGUUCAUCCUAUGUUCAGGGGAUACACACAACAGGAUACGCAAGAAUUCUUACGCUGCUACAUGGAUCAACUACAUGAAGAGCUGAAACAGCCAAUCAUUGAAGACUCUGACAGCGAUGACCAGUCAAAAGAAGUCAUUGUAAGCCAGGUGGAUCUCAACUCACAUGAUCGACAGAAUUCCAUUGAUUCCAGCAGCAGCCAAUCGGAAUAUGAAUACGAGACAUGUGACUCAGGGCUGAGCAGUGAAAAGAGUUCUGUGGAGCAUAGUUUCUCCAGUGAUGAAAACAGUGACGUUAAUGAACAGACGAAACUCAACCCUCGUACUAGAGAACGGAGGUCGACUGUGAGGUCAGGGUGUUACGAUAAUGUAGACGAUCAUGUGGCUAACACGAAGGAAAUGAAGGAGACGGCCAACUUGUUGUCAAAACAGAGUCUGGAUCAUGUCAGUGUUAAGCAUGGACCAUCUGGUGAUCAUUUGAGGAAAAGUGAUUCCACAGAGUUUGUGGAUGCCGUGUCGGAUUUGGGGUCAUCAGCGGUAAGUCAGAGGUCGAAGCUUUCUUUACCGAGUACGACGAUAACAUCGCAAUCUACAGCAACAGAGACCACGGCACCGAUACAGCAAGCACUGCACAAAUCAACCAGUACAAAGUCAUUGAACAGUGGGAGAGUUUCAAAGAAGAAUGUGCUCCAUCGCAGCGUCAUCUCGGACAUAUUUGACGGCAAGAUCCUCAGCUCUGUCAUGUGCCUCAUGUGUGAGCGGGUGUCUACAACCAAGGAGACAUUCCAAGACCUAAGUCUGCCGAUUCCAAGUAAAGAUCACCUGCAUGUCUUGCACUCCAGCCAGGCUGUGGGGCCAGGGUCAGGGGUCGUCAAGGGCGGGGCAUGUGGUGAGGUCAACCAAGGUUGGAUCUCAAUGAUGUUUAACUGGAUGAAGAGCUGGUUCGUGGGUCCGACCAUCUCGCUGCAGGACUGUCUGGCUGCCUUUUUCUCGGCCGAUGAGCUCAAGGGGGACAACAUGUACAGCUGUGAGAAGUGCAAGAAAUUGAGGAAUGGUUUAAAGUAUUCCAAAGUAUUAGAAUUACCAGAGGUGGUGUGUAUUCACUUGAAGCGUUUCCGCCAUGAAUUCUACUCCUCUAAGAUCUCAACGUAUGUCACUUUUCCCCUUGAAGGCCUGGACAUGAAGCCCUAUUUACACAAAGAUUGCAAGUCUGAGGUGACAAGCUACAACCUGGUGGCCGUCAUUUGUCAUCAUGGAACAGCUGGAGGAGGCCACUACACUGCAUACUGCCUGAACUACGUCAACGAGCAGUGGUAUGAGUUUGACGACCAGUAUGUUACAGAGGUGGACGUGCAGCAGGUGGUCAACUGUGAGGCCUAUGUGCUCUUCUAUAGGAAACAGAAUGACAAGAUGCACAGUCUGAGGCAGGAAGCCAUGGAGUUGAUGGAGGCAAAAGAGCCAAGUCUCAUGCAGUUCUUUGUUUCUCGUCAAUGGAUCAACAAGUUCAACACUUUUGCUGAGCCAGGUCCGAUCACAAACCGUGACUUCCUCUGUCGGCAUGGAGGUGUUCCUCCAGGGAAGACCAACCAUGUGGAGGAGUUGGCCCAGCCCCUCAACCAGGCGGUGUGGGAGUUCCUCUACAACAGGUUUGGAGGAGGGCCUGUGUGUAACUACCUGUAUGCCUGCCAGACUUGUCAGAGAGAACUGGAACAACUGCGCUACCGACAGAAGACGGAGAUGGAGACAUUUAUACAGCUGAAUGAGGACUUCCAGACUGACGAGUGUCCUGCAGUAAUCUUUGCCAUCAGCAUGGCCUGGUUCAAGGAAUGGGAGAGCUUUGUCAGGGGGAAGGCAGAGGGCCCUCCAGAUACAAUAGACAACAGCCGUAUCGCCAUAUACAAGAAUGGUCAACACCAGCUGAAACAGUCCUCUGACCAUGGUCAGUUGUCCAAGGAGAUGUGGCACUACCUCCACAACAUCUAUGGGGGCGGACCAGAGCUCUUUAUCAAACAAACCAGCACCCACGCCGUCACCAAAACCCUUGCUGCUACAGCUGCAGCAAGUUCAUCAGCAUCAAGCAAAAGUUCUGCUUUGACCACGACUGGGUCGGCGUCGAAUUCUGCACAUGUCAUUUCAGGGACUGUUGGAGCAGUGAACCGGAACUCUAGUGCAGCUCCCUCAGGGGGUGUAGUCUCAAGUGGUGGCAAGAGCGUUUCUACAGAGAAGAUUAACACAGAGGAAGCUGCCUGUAGGGUGUCUAGUAGUUCAGACAAGCCAUCCAGUGGAGACACUGAUUCCAUCGACACGGGUAUUGCGGACACAGGAAGCCUUGAUUCAGCAUCGACUGAUGGGAGGUCUGUGUCGGCAUCAAGUAUCACAGUUCACUCACCUGAAAAGAUCACAAAGAAGGCUCCCAUUGUGGAUGAAUUGGCCCGGGUGUAAAAUCCGGGUCAUUGAGAUAUUAAGGGGAGACAACAUUAUAAUUACUUCCUGUGAUUCUUAUGAAGGAAGGAAAUAUUAGCUGUUUUCAUUUACAUUUUUACAUUGAAACCUGAUCAAUAAUUGUAAUAUUUUCUUUAAUCUUUUCUGAAUUGAUAAUUAACUUGUCUUGAUUUUGAUCAUUUGUGAUAAAUUGUCACAAUUCCAUGCAGAAACUCUUUAUUUGCUGAGAACAUGUUGAAAUCAUGACAAAAUGUAAUAAUGUUUGGGUAGAGUGGACUCCCCCUGUUUUUACACUGUAGGGCAAUGAGCUGGCUGUUUGUUGAUCUUUUGGGCACCAUUACUUGGCUGAAUAGUGGUAACACACAAGGUCACCCCUCAAGAAUCUGACAUUCUUCUCAGGAUAUCUUUAACAUCAGGCAAACUAGACUAAUGCCAAUUUCUAUCUCUGGAUUCACAAAGCUAUAUAGCAACUGUUCCCAUAGUUUUACAAUGAUUGACGACAGCCGCAGCAGGUGUUGUCAGGGCAACAAAUCAACACUCUGGGCAAUUUCAAACCAACAUGGUACAUCUUUCAAUAUUGUUAUAAAAGUGAGAGAAAAUUAAGUCGUAUUGUCAGGGAAGGAAAUUAGAGAAUAACAACUGUUAUAGAAUUUUGAAUUGUCCAGCCUUAUUUUGUGAGGAACGGGUAGCCAUAAUUAAAAGAUUUUGUAGGAUAAUCUACACAUCCCAUAUAGGGGCACGGGCAGCCCAGCUGUCUAAGGCACUGGAACUCAGUGAGCAGUGUUGUGUCCCUUUGGCACACCGAGAAACCUAUGAUAUCCUUGUUAUGUUUUAGGUUUGUCAGCACCAUACCCAUGCUCAUGCGUUUCACCAAAGUGGUAAACAUCUGAGACAUGCAUCACUUCGGGCUUUCCUCCCACAUUAAGCUGACACUUAAAUACUUUUCAAAGCGAGGUUAAACCCAACUCACUCACAUAUCCCUUAUUGAUAUUUCAAGAAAGAACCGAGGGAAAUAUAAAGCUGUAGCUUCACCUGGUAUCAUGUCAGGAAAUUGUUCUGAUGACGUUGAUCGUUCAGCUCUGAGAAUCACUUCAAUGCAAUGUGCAAAUAUCAGCAAGGUGUCACACUCAUUGUGAGCUAUAUGUUUCGAAUAACUUCUAAGUCUUGUCAUGUAUGUCAUAGUGUUUGAACAACCCAAAGCUCUUUCAUCUAUUCUUGAGAUAUUUCUGGUAUAAAGAGAGAGACUGAGGGAUGUGUGGAAAGUACUGUGUACAUCUGCAUCUCAACACCUGGAUAGGAUUAUUAGUUUUUUAUAUUUGUAAAUGCACUGGCUGAGGAUGAUAACAUUGAGGGUGUCUCAGUUCAUUGUUGUGGGUUUGUGCUCAUGAAGAAAAUGCAAACACUGUGAUGUUUGACAUUAAGUAUGAAAGUGAAAGGGUCCUUGUCAUAACCCUGAUGUUGAAAGGAUGACUCAUGAAUACAUUGAUACAUCUUCUUGCUAAUUCUACACUCUGAAUCACAGAUCCUGAAUUGUUAAUAUUCAGUUGUCAUGAUAGAUGUACAGCCUUUCAAACUACAGCCUCAACUAAUUAUACAGGACCUUGGGGUUUGUAGCUAACCUAAAUAAACUAAAUUGUUUACAUUU